GCUCGUGCAGACUGCAGGCAGCAGUCAGUCAAUUUAAAGGGAAAGUGAAUAGGGAAGUAAAGCUGUUUAAAGCUUCUUUAUCAAACAGUACAGUUAUUGACAUUGCUUAUCAUUUCACUUGUGUCUAAUAAUACAGAUAAGGGAUGUCUCGGUAAAAAAAUUUCAUUCGGAUGUAUGAUUUUAAUGCGCGGAUGCGUGAGCUGCCCACAUCAUGCUAACCAUGCUAAUCUAGCACCAGUUGAUCGGAUCGGAUGCGCUGCGGUGAAUGUGUCACUUUUCCUCUUUCCCGGAAUUAAACAUCAUUUUAUUGCCAAGAGGAUUCUGGUUUCACCACAGACUUCAUUUCUGACAGCAUGGAGGAGUUUGGGAGCGACAGAUCUCCACUGCCCAGGAACAUGAUCGAGAACAGCAUGUUUGAGGAAGAGCCAGAUGUGGUGGAUUUGGCGAAUGACUCCCCGUCCUAUCCCAUCGACUCCCCAUCCUAUCCCAUCGACUCCGACGAUGUGGUCUAUGAACCCCGCAGCUCGCGCCUUUUGGUCCGAGGGCUGGGAGAAAACGACCUGGACGAAGAUGAGGAGGACUACGAGUCUUCCGCUCGGCUUCUUGGGAUGUCCUUCAUGAACCGCAGUUCCAACCAGCGUAGCCCUGGGUCAUCUUACACCCGUCAGCAGACCCCGGGAUCGUGCUCGAUGCCGUCUGCUAGGACUAUGGUGGUAGGCAUUCUCAUAUUGGUGCUGGUGGCGUCCAUGGCCAUGGUCAUCUACUUUCUACCAGGUUGCACUUUUACCAGAAGUGGCUGUAAGAAAGCCAACUCUACUAUGGAAAAGAUUUAUCCCAUUUCCACAAGCGGAGAGCUUUUCCCAUGGACGGAGUUGAGGUUACCAGCUAGCGUACACCCAGUGCAUUACAAUAUUUCACUGCAUCCCAACCUGACCUCUAUGACCUUUCAAGGGGACGUGUCCAUCUCAGUGGAGGUCUUGCAGGAAACUAAGAAGAUUGUCCUACACAGCUCUAAUAUGAGUAUAACCAAGGCCACGUUUGACGGUAAAGACGUCAAGAUCCUGGAGUACAAACCCUGGCAGCAGAUUGCUAUUAAAUUUAAAGAGGAUCUUCAGAAGGGAAAGCAUGUUUUGAACUUUAUCUACAAAGCAAAUCUGUCCACCAGCUAUGAUGGCUUCUACAACAGUUCCUAUGAAGACACAACGGGUAUAAAAAGAGUUUUGGCUGCUACUCAAUUUGAACCCCUGGCAGCCCGCAAGGCUUUUCCUUGUUUUGACGAACCAGCUUUUAAAUCCACUUUUCUAAUAAGGAUAACAAGAGAACCCAAAUACACCAGUCUAUCAAACAUGCCCAAGGCCAAAACCACCGAUUUGAAGAACGGUCUUCUGGUUGACGAGUUUGAGAAGAGUGUUAAGAUGAGCUCUUACCUGGUCGCAUUUGUCGUGGCUGAAUUCAGCAGCGUCAGCAAAAAUGUCUCCAAUUCUACGGUGUCUGUGUAUGCAGUACCAGACAAGAAGGAGCAAAUGCAUUAUGCUUUGGACACAGCUUGCAGAUUGUUGGAGUUUUACAAUAAGUUUUUUGACAGCGACUACCCGUUAAGCAAGCUGGAUUUAGUAGCGAUUCCUGACUUCCUUGCUGGUGCCAUGGAGAACUGGGGACUCAUUACAUUUCGUGAAACGACUUUGCUUGUAGGGAAUCAUUCCUCUCCUAUAGACAAGCAACUGGUGACCUCAGUCAUUGCUCAUGAACUUGCCCACCAGUGGUUUGGAAAUCUGGUCACUAUGAGAUGGUGGAACGAUCUUUGGCUGAAUGAAGGAUUCGCAACAUACAUGCAAUUCAUGUCGAUUGAAUCCGUUUUCCCGGAUCUUAACAUGGACACUGAAUUCUUAAGCGUUCGAUUCAAAGCCCUUGCCAAAGAUGUGCUGAACUCGUCCCAUCCUGUGUCCGCUAUAGUAAACACUCCAGAGCAGGUGGAGGAGAUGUUCGACUCUGUUUCUUAUGAGAAGGGGGCUUCAAUACUGCUCAUGCUCAGUUCAGCACUCACCAAGGAGGAGUUUCAAAAAGGAUUGAUAGAGUAUUUGCAAACGUACAAAUUCGCAAACACAGAAAGUGAAGACUUGUGGAACAGUCUUAGACAGGUGAGCAAACAGCCGUUCAAUGUGGCCCAGAUGAUGAACACAUGGACCAUUCAAAAAGGCUUUCCUCUGGUCACGGUGAAGAGGAACGGGACUCAAGUGACCCUGACCCAAGAACAUUUCCUUCUGAACCCUGACAAUGUCACUGAUGACAGCAGCUUGUGGCACAUUCCCCUGACGUAUGUGAACGACAGCUGUCUCGGUUGCAAGCAAGUUUUCCACCUCAAGAACAAAACAGCGACAUUAAAGCUUCCAGAUCAGGUGAAAUGGUUAAAGUUCAACUACAUGAGUGAUGGAUUCUACAUAGUGCACUAUGAUGAGGAGGGCUGGAGGGCAUUGAUCGAGGCGUUGAAAGCAGACUUCAACGUUCUCACUCAUAAGGACAGAGCAUCUCUCAUCAAUAACGUCUUCGCUCUCUCCAGACUGGGCAAGGUGUCCUUCAAGCAGGUCUUAAAUUUGAUGGAUUACAUCAAAAAGGAGACAGAGACGGCUCCUCUGACUGAAGCUCUCUUCCAGCUCGGACAGAUAUUCGGAUUACUCGACAAAAGAUCGGAGCUAAACUUGGCCUCCAGAAUGAGUAGUUACAUUAUUGAUCAUUUUGGAAGUUUGAUGGAGAAUCAGUCAUGGGAACAGGAGAGCUCCGUGUCAAAGAUGACCCUCAGGUCCGCCCUACUUGAUAUGGCGUGUUCCCUUGACGUAGCCAACUGCUCACAAAAUGCCAAACGUCUCUUUGAUAAGUGGUUGAACAAGUCCUCUGAGAUUCCCAGUGACCUCAUGACAACGGUCUUCAAAGUUGCUGGUCAAACAGAAGACGGAUGGGGUGUGCUGCUACAUACAUAUAAAUACUCCAUCUACGACCCAGAGAAACGCAAGGCUCUGGUAGCUUUGGCCAGUACUCAGGAUGUACGCAAAAUUAUAUGGAUUCUGCAGAACACUCUGGAUGGAAGCAUGAUCCCGACGCCCGAAUUUCCUUUCGUGGUGCACACCAUUUGCAGGAACUUUGCUGGCUACCUGUACGCUUGGGAUUUCGUUAAGGAGAACUGGGAUAAAAUCAUUCAGAAGUUUCCUAUUGGAUCUUUUGCCAUUCAAAGCCUCAUCACAUCCACAACUAGUCAGUUUUCUACAAAAACACAUCUGAUGGAGGCCCAAAACUUCUUCAGCAGCCUGGGCGUGAGAGGCUCUCAGAUGAGGGUCGUACAGGAGUCCAUAGAGACCAUCAAGAUGAACAUGCGGUGGAUCGAGAAGAACCUGGAGACGCUGCAGAAAUGGCUGUAGGGUGAGGUGCUCGCUCCACUCACGUACCUCUCACUCCCUCAGGCGAUGUCACCACGCACCAGCGGGUGUAAGUGGAUGUUACUGUUACAACAGCCAGAGCCACACAUUUACACUGUUAGAUUUAAUUGAUUGGGGUGGAGGACCUAUCUGCCGCAUAUCAUUUUAAUAUAACUGUCUUAUGUAAAUAAACAGGUUGAUGUCCUGUGUCAUAACAUCUUCUUCUUCAGGACGUUUGGCACACGAUCAUCUCUCACUUCACUUUGACUCUUGUGUAUAUAUUUGGCACUGGCCUCAAGCACUGUUUGCACUAUUUACAGUUACGGCUUGCUCAGGGCAAAUCUGGAUGUUGUUUUUUUAUAUUAGGAUGCGUUCGAACCCUUGAAUGUUGGUAGCUACAGACCAAAACGUCCCGUCAGUAUCUCUUACAGUAUAUACGGCCUUUAGCACGCUUUGCCAAAAAUAAUAGUUGCCUAUUAAAUGUUAAAUAAAAUUCUGCUAAAAGAGACGCAUCGACAGAAAUCUGUUGCUACUGUGUAUAAAAAUAGACAUCUGGCACACAUAUUUGCAAAAUGUGCAGACAAUCGAUUGUCAAUGUGUUUGUCUCCUAUUUAUGUUUUUGGAGGUCAUCUUUUUUUUGCGUAGUCUGCGGUGCCUGUUUCCAGUACUGUGUGAAGCUAGAAGUAUAGUUAUGCAUUUUUUUUAUGUACAGGAUGUGUUGUAAUCGUACUUUGUUUGUACACAUAGGUUGAGCAUUCGCAUACAAGAGAAUGUAGUAUGUAAGAUGCAUUGCAUUUGCAAUGCGCAUGCGUCGAACAUCUGGGUACAUGUACGAGUCAAAUAAACAAUGCUUUGCAAAGCUGUGCGUUCGACCUUCGUGUACGAUGGCAUACAUGUAAAAAAAACUAUACUCUGGUCUUAAAUGUUAUUGCCUUGUGUAAAACUUUGCAGAAAAUAUUUUUUGGAGUGUUUAGUGUGUGUAUUCUGUUUUAAAGUUCACGCAAGCUUACACAGGUCCAUUUUUAUGUGUGUUUUUCUUUUGCACAUUUUGAAGCUGAACAUAUUUCGCAGGUUUAUUGUGAAAUAUACCAUGAAAUAGUUGAUGAAAUAUGUGGUCAUAUUUAAAUGGUGAUUGUAGGAUUCGACCGUUAUAAAUGUAUAUUUGUAACCAAGUUCAAAUUAGUCAUCCUAUGUUACUACCGUCUGCGGUGUUGCGGGGCAAACGGGGCAGUAAAAUGACAUCACCGUGUUUCACUCUUCAGAUCUUCAUUCAUUGCUACUGAUUGUUUCUCUUUAGUGUUUUUAUGUAUGACGUUUUACUUGUGUAUUGUGAGUUCUGUUUUUUUAUAUUUUAGUUAAAUAUUUAGAGUUAAAACUGUAUCACAACCUCCCACAAAUGUACUGUCUGUGUCGAUUUACAAAUAUGCAGAUGAUACGCGUCCUCACAAAACAAAAUUUUUGCAUUUGUGAUCAUCUAAAAGUUGUAGUAAUAUUUUGGACACAUGCAGUACAUAUAUGAGGUUUUAUUUUACUUUGAACUUCACACAUGUAUGGUUCGAUCUCUUCAUGAUGUUUGAGAAUCUGUGGUCAAUAGAUAUCAAGUUGUUACGUGACCCUGGACCACAAAACCAGUCAUAAGUCCCACUGAUAUAUUUGUAGCAAUAGCCAACAAUACAUUAUAUGGGUCAAAAUGAUUGAUU